UUAUUAUUAUUAUUAUCAUUAUUAUUAUUAUUAUUUUUAUUUUCGACGUAACCCUCUUACCAGACAAUAAUUCAAACGUGUUGUUAUGAAGAGUCCAGACUAGCAGCACCAUGGACACAGAAGAGUUCCGCAGACGAGGCAAGGAAAUGGUGGACUACAUCGCGGAUUACUACGACAACAUCCGGGGCAGGAAAGUUAUUCAUGACGUCAGACCUGGAUACAUGAGCCAGCUGAUACCCACGAUGCCCCCGGAGGAAGGAGAAUCCUGGGACGAUAUCUUUGCGGAUAUCGAGCGGGUCGUCAUGCCAGGAGUGACUCACUGGCGGAGCCCACGUUUCCAUGGUUACUACGCUGCUGGUGGCUCGUACCCUUCUCUGAUGGGCGACAUGCUGUGCGACGCCAUUGGAUGUAUUGGCUUCUCUUGGGUGACUCACUGGCGGAGCCCACGUUUCCAUGGUUACUACGCUGCUGGUGGCUCGUACCCUUCUCUGAUGGGCGACAUGCUGUGCGACGCCAUUGGAUGUAUUGGCUUCUCUUGGUACGCUGAAACCUUCAGUAUGAACCCUCACAAAUGGAUGCUGGUGAACUUUGACCUCUCUGUCAUGUGGAUACAGAACAGAUCCUACCUGGUGGAUGCCUUCAACGUAGACCCCAUCUAUCUGAAGCACCAGAACGAGGACAAGAUUCCAGACUACAGGCACUGGCAGAUUCCUCUGGGCCGCCGGUUCCGCUCCCUCAAGCUCUGGUUUGUCAUCCGUUCUUACGGUGUGUCGGGCAUACAGCGGUACAUUAGAGAGCACGUUGAAAGGGCCAAGCAGUUCGAGAAACUUUUGCUGAGGGACGGAAGGUUCGAGAUUCCUGUGGCUGUCAUCAUGGGUCUUGUCUGCUUCAGACUUAAGGGUCCAAACAGACUGACAGAGAUGUUGCACGAUGACAUCAUUUCCGGUGGGGAGAUCUACCUGAUCCCUGCCUACGCUCGGUGUAACGGAAGUGACGUGUACUUCCUGCGGUUCGCCAUUGUGGCGGAACACGUCACAGUUGAUGACCUCAAGUUCUCUUUCAAGGUGAUAACUGACUGUGCUUCGAAAGUUCUAGAGAAAGCAGAGUCUGUUGUGGAAGAGAAAGACUACAAACCAAUGAUCAACAUCGACGCUUUGCCUGGUAUGGACUCUGGCCAUGAGGCUGACCACACCCUCCCACCGCCCACAACCAACGGACACGCCACAUCUGAUGGUUAUCGCAAUGGACACGCCACAUCUGAUGGUUAUCGCAAUGGACAUCAAAAUGGAGAAGGUGCAGUUGAAGACCAAAAACAUUUCCCGGCGAUGAAUGGACAAGGAAAAAGCGUUGCCCAGGCUGUGAAUGGGGUGUCGGAGAGACAGGGAGAAAUGAGGACAACCCACAGAUGA